CGAAACCAUUUCCUCAAAUUACCAAACUACCCUCUCUUUUCUUUCUGAAAAGGGCUCGCUGGUCGAGACUCCCCCACCAACCUCUCAACCCAAACAUCUUAACUGCAUUGCUCUCACCACCCAUGGCCCCUCGCAUUUACCACAUUUUACUGUUUUGCCACUCCCUCUUCUAUAUCUCGCUCCCUGCAUUCAACACUGCUUCUACCACAUUUAUUUUUGUUUCUCUUCCCAGCAUGGGUUCCACUGCAGAGGAGAUGAAACGGUAGCGCCUCAAUGGGAGUGCUUGCUGCUGCUGUUCUGUGUUGUUCAAGGUGGUGAAGGUUUUAGUGGAUUCUGACUUUCCCAGUGUGAGAUAAUGAUGGAAGGGCGGCGGCAUUCAGUUGAUAUUCCAAUUUCUAAAACUCUUGUGGCACUGAGGAGAGUGAGGUCAUUGAGGGAUCCUUCAACUAAUGCUAUGAGCAAGCUCUCUUCCUUGGUAGAUAAUCUGCACUGGGAAAACGGUUCUGCUAAUGACAUUUCCCUUCGGUUUUCUGAUGCUGCUAGGCCAUGUGAUACUGAUGAUAAUGCUGCUCUCAGAUCAAGAAAUUUAGGUUUCAAGGGACAAAAGGAGCAGAAAGAUGCUGAUUCUGCAUUCAACUCAAGGCUGAAGCCUAGUGGGAUUUCUUGUCAGGUUCUACAACAAGAUGGUGAACCAAUUUACUCUAAGCGUAAUCUGCAAUGCAUUUCUGGAAACAAAUCACCAAGUGAAAGUUGUCGUAGCAACCAUGGGGGUAAAGGAUUGGACUUGGCUUGUAUUGUGCUUCCAAGUAAUAAUGAUUUCAAGGAUGGGGAUUCAUGUUAUGUAGCAACUGCUAGAUCAUCUCAAAUAGGGAGAAUAGAUUGCUCUAAGUCAGCAAAAAAGUCUCUGCGCAAAAAUCAAGUAAAACCAUCAGAGUUAGUAUGCAGUGUUGAUGGCAAUGUUAGUCCAUACCCUUCUGGUUAUGAUGCUUUCUCACCCUAUAGUGGUUCAGUAGGCAUAAAUCAAGGUAGUGAUGGUUUAGAUGAUAAUGAUAAUGGGUGUGGAAUAAGCUGCUGUUGGUCAAAAUCACCAAGAUUUAGAGAAUCAAAUCUAUAUGGUGAGAUAGAAGACCGUCCUUUGAUAUCUCACCGUGUUGAUGAGUCAGAUCUUCAUGCACACAGAAACAUGAGAAACAACGGUGGUGGGAGUGGUCUGAAUUUGGAAACUCCUAGAAGUUUGUCCAUGAAAUUUAGGCCUAAAGCAUUUAGUGAUUUGGUUGGACAAAAUGUGGUAGCAAGGUCUCUGUUGGGGGCCAUCUCCAGAGGAAGGAUAACAUCCUUUUAUCUGUUCUAUGGUCCACGUGGAACCGGCAAGACAUCUGCCUCUAGGAUAUUUGCUGCUGCACUGAAUUGUCUUUCUUUUGAGGAACAGAGGCCAUGUGGCCUAUGCAGAGAAUGUAUUGUAUUCUUUUCUGGAAGAAGUAAAGAUUUUAAGGAAGUGGAUUCUGUGAGAAUCAAUCGCAGCGACCAGGUUAAGUCCCUUGUUAAGAGUGCAAGCACCCCUCCAGUCUCCUCACGCUUCAAGGUUUUCAUUAUUGAUGAGUGCCAGCUAUUGAAUGGGGAAACAUGGGCAAGCAUUUCAAAUAGCUUAGACAACCUUUCUCAACAUGUGGUUUUUGUGAUGAUAACUCCUGAUUUGGAUAAGCUUCCCCGGAGUGUAGUUUCCCGGGCUCAGAGGUAUCACUUUGCAAAGGUUAAAGACGCUGACAUUGUAUGCAGAUUACAAAGUAUUUGCGGCGAAGAAGGUCUUGAUUUUGAACAGGAAGCUCUAGACUUUAUUGCUGCAAAAUCUUGUGGAUCUGUUAGGGAUGCAGAAAUGAUGCUUGAUCAGAUGAGUUUGCUUGGUAAAAAGAUCAACAUCUCUUUAGCUUAUGAACUUACUGGGAUCGUUUCUGAUGAUGAAUUACUCGAUUUGCUGGAUCUAGCUUUUUCAUCCGACACUUCAAAUACUGUCAUUAGAGCUCGGGAGCUGAUGCGGUCAAGGAUAGAUCCUUUGCAACUUGUAUCACAACUAGCAAAUCUCAUUAUGGACAUACUUGCAGGGAAAUGUGAAAAGGGUGGUUCAGAAGUCAGAAGUAGAUUUCAUAGGAAAUAUACCUCGGAAGCUGAUCUGCAGAAACUAAACAAUGCAUUGAAAAUACUUUCUGAAACUGAGAAGCAGCUGAGAAUUUCAAAGAAUCAAACAACAUGGUUCACCGUAGCUCUCCUACAGUUAAGCUCUGUAGAUUAUCAAUCUGUGGAUGCAAAUGACACCAAAUUUAGUAUUAGACGUGCAUGCAAUGGAGGUCAAAACUUGGAGCAUUUUGCUAACAAGUCAUACAGAUUAGGAGUGCCGGAGGAUCACAAAGGAACAUUGGAUUCCAUUUGGUAUAAAGCCACUGAGAUGUGUCAUUCUAGUCAGCUCAAAACUUUUCUCAGGAAGAAGGGGAAGUUGUCGUCACUUCAUGUUGAUCGCAGUACAGCUUGUCUUGCUAUUGCCGAGUUAGAGUUCCAACAUAGCCACCAUGUAUCAAAGGCCGAGAAGUCAUGGAAAAUGAUUGCAAGCUCCUUGCAAUUCAUAUUGGGUUGCAAUGUGGAGUUGAGGAUCACUUAUACACCUUGUGCUUCGGAUUCUAAGUAUUCCAAACUGAAGAGAUCAACUUUCAGUAUCUUCACUUGUUCCCGCAGAAAUCGGCAACAGAAGUCACUAUCAUCUAAUGAACAAGGAAGUGAAUCAGAUUAUGGUGAUUGCACCUCUGAGAAUCCCAUGAUGAAAGACAAAACUUCUACCUCUGAUUGUGGAAUGGAUGCUGUAACAGCUUUGAGGAGUUGUGAAGGGAAUUUGCUGAGCUCAGGAGAAAGAUUUUUUAAUAGAUCAUUUCAAGAGAGUAUGAGGACAUCAUGCGUUGAAGUUGAUUCUUCCAAGGAUAAGGGUUGCAACGGUGUUCAUCUUGAUCCAUCAAUCCUAGAUUCAGAAAAUGACCACUUUAACUGUUUUCCUAAAACCCUUUGGCUUCAAAAGAAGUUCCGUUCUUCGUAUUCAUCCAAGUUGUCUUUUCAAGGCAUUCAACAGCAGAAAGAUUUUGUUUUGUCUGUCCCGAAGUGUACAUGUUCUGGGAAAUAUACCUAUGCUAAUGAACCCUGCAUUUUUUCUGGUAGUUGUAAGAGUUGCACCAAAGCCUCUUAGAAGAAAGUAAGUUCACUUGUUAUGUGUUUACAUUGUUAUAAUUGUUUUUGAGACUGCACUACAGUGAUAAAGUAACAUAGUUGGAUAGAAUGAAAUGGUAUUAACAUUCUUGUGCUUUA